UAUAUCCUUCUGUAAUUGUCGACAUUUUUUGAAGUAAGCUUAAAAUCUAUACUUGGGGGAAAAUAAUGCUUCAUCCAUUUUUUUUAAAGGUACUUCUUCAUGCACAUUGCCAGGAUGGUGUCCACAAUAGCCAGGAGACCAGGAGUAACUUAAAGGAAAGGUUUACUUAAAGAUAGUGUGAACAAGAGAUGUUCUUUCCUCAAAAAAAUCCCACCACAUUCUUUCACUGUACAUUUGAGUUGUAAAGAUUUUGUCCAAAAGCUCCUAAUUUUUCCCAGUGUUACAGAAAAAAAGCACCAAUUCAUUCACCUGGAGCCAGUUUCAAGGAACUCUGGUUUCAUGGCUGGCCCGCAGAGCAGCUGGUGGAACAGCAAGGCAAGUGUCAGAAAGCGCAGAACUCUGCUUAUUUCAGGCCUUCCAGAAAGGCUCUCCCUUCCCAAAUCCCUUCCUCUCAGCUGGGAGGGCUGGAGAAGAUUCAGGUGUCUCCAGUGUGGAGAGGGCGGGAUCAUGUCCUGCUUCCUGCUAUAAAAGCACAGAGCAGCACACCCCUCUGCUGGCUGAUUUGGUGGUGUCUUCGGUCAUGGCGUGCAGGCAGAGAGGAGACAGUGGGAGACCCUCAAGCUGGUUCACUGCAGACUGGAGCACCUACAGGUCAUUUCCUCUAUUCUUCGCCCUUUUGACUUCGGUGAACUCAAUACGUGUUAAUCAGUUGGUGGAUCCUUCCUUCCCAGGUACUGUCACUUGCUAUGAAAAUAGAAUGAUAGUGCAGUUUCAAAGCAUUCUUGCCAACAAGAUACAGCACGCAUCUGUGGUGGAUCCCCUUGGUCUUGAAAUGCUGAACUGCACUUAUGUUCUGGACCCAGAAAAGCUCACCCUGAAGGCCCCAUAUGAAACCUGUACCAAAAGAGUACUUGGCCAGCAUCAGAUGACCAUCAGACUCAUGGACGACAAUGCUGCUUUAAGACCAGAGGCUUUCAUGUAUGACAUCAGCUGUCCAGUUAUGCAAGCAGAAAGCCAUGAGCAGCAUUCGGGAUCCACAGUCUGCUUGAAGGAUUUCAUGUCUUUUACCUUUCACUUUUUUCCUGGUAUGGCUGACGAAAGUGCGGAUCCCAAACCUCAGAUGGGAUGGACCUUUGCAGUUGGUGAUGGUGAAAGAGCCCAAACUCUGACCCUUCAGGAGGCUAUGACACAAGGCUAUAAUCUCCUGAUUGACAACCAGAAGAUAAGCGUCCAAGUGUCAUUCCAUGCCACUGGAGUGACUCACUACUCGCAAGGUAACAGCCACCUCUACAUGGUGCCUCUGAAGCUUACGCAUGUAUCUCCUGGGCAGACGAUCGUCUUAUCAUCACGACUCAUUUGUGUGUCAGAUCCUGUGACUUGUAAUGCUACACACAUGACUCUCACCAUACCAGAGUUUCCUGGGAAGUUGAAAUCCAUGAGCUUUGAAAAUAGGAACAUUGCUGUGAGCCAGCUGCACAACAGUGGGGUUGAUAUGGAAACAACAAAUGGCUUGAGGUUGCAUUUCAGCAAAACUCUCCUCAAAACAAGAUUCUCUGAAAAAUGCCUACCCUAUCAGUUCUACUUAUCGUCACUCAAGCUGACCUUUUACAUUCAACUGGAGAUGGUAUCCAUGGUGAUUUAUCCAGAGUGUCUCUGUGAGUCGACAGUUUCUAUCGUUUCAGGGGAGCUGUGUACUCAGGAUGGGUUUAUGGACGUUGAGGUCUACAGCCAUCAAACAAAACCGGCUCUCAACUUGGAUACCCUCAGGGUGGGAGACUCAUCCUGCCAGCCAAUCUUUAAAGCUCCAUCUCAGGGGCUGGUGCGGUUUCACAUACCCCUGAAUGGAUGUGGAACAAGACAUAAGUUCAAGAAUGACAAAGUCAUCUAUGAAAAUGAAAUCCAUGCUUUCUGGGCAGAUCUUCCUCCGAGCACAGUUUCCAGAGAUAGUGAGUUCAGAAUGACGGUGAGGUGCUAUUACAGCAGCAGUAACAUGCUAAUAAAUACCAGUGUUGAAAGCCUUCCUCCUCCAAUGGCCUCAGUGAAGCCGGGUCCACUUGCCUUGACCCUGCAAACCUACCCAGAUAACUCCUACCUGCAACCAUAUGGGGACAAGGAGUACCCUGUGGUGAGAUACCUCCGCCAACCGAUUUACCUAGAAGUGAGAGUCAUAAACAGGACCGACCCCAACAUCAAGCUGGUCUUAGAUCACUGCUGGGCAACAUCCACCAUGGACCCAGCCUCUCUCCCUCAGUGGAAUAUUGUCGUGGAUGGCUGUGAAUACAACCUGGACAACCACAGAACCACCUUCCAUCCGGUUGGCUCCUCCGUGACCUAUCCUAAUCACUAUCAGAGGUUUGAUGUGAAGACCUUUGCCUUUGUGUCAGGGGCCCAAGGGUUCUCUCACUUGGUCUACUUCCACUGCAGUGCGUUAAUCUGCAAUCAACUCUCUCCUGACUUCCCUCUGUGUUCUGUGACUUGCCCUGUGUCAUCCAGAAGCAGGCGAGCCACAGGAGCCACUGAGGAAGAAAAAAUGAUAGUGAGUCUCCCGGGUCCCAUCCUCCUGUUGUCAGACAGCUCUUCACUCAGAGACGCUGUGGACUCUAAAGGGCAUGAGACUGCUGGAUAUGUUGCUUUUAAAACUAUGGUUGCUGUGGUUGCCUCAGCAGGCAUUGUGGCAACUCUAAGCCUCAUCAGCUACCUGCGCAAGAAAAGAACCAUAAUGCUAAGUCACUAGUUGGAUUUUCA